AUGGGACAACUCUACUCCAAGAGUAUCCGCAGGAUCCCCGUGUUUGGAGGUAUUUUGAUUUUUCUGGCCUUUGAAAAGCUCAAUAAACUUUCCUGUUCCAACCUUCGAAUUUCAGUGAAAAAACCCCAAGUCAAUGAAUCCGUGAAUACCAAUUCUUUCUUGGAUUCUUCCGACUUCUCCAAUCCUUCAAUCAAGAUUUUUUCCAGUUUCCGUCGACAAAGCCAUCGCCAAAGAUUUCGAUUUGAAAAUCAACCAUAAACCAGACUGCCUGGAUUAUUUGUUGAAAAAAACUCGGUUCAGCCGACAGGAGCUCAAAUAUCUCUACCAGGCUUUCAAACAGGUUUUUUGGACUCAUUUUUGAAAAUAUCCAAUUUUUAUCGUUCAGUCCUGUCCGAAAGGGUUCGUUGAAAAACAAGAAUUUUUCCAAAUUCUCAAAGGCUUUUACUGUAUUCGUCACACAGCAAGUGAGUAUUUUUUCCUUUGAGAUAAAAAAGGAAUUUACCAGAUGCCGAGCCCUACGCGUCAUUGAUGUAUGACUCGUUGGAUCCAAACGCCAAGGGGUUUAUAACUUUCACCGUGGGUUUUUGUUUUGAGUUUUCCAGAUUUGUACCUACAAAUUUUUGACAAUAAUCACUUGAGACUUCGCCGGAUCACGUGAGAGUUUUCGUAGCACAUUCAAAUUCAGGAAUUUGCUUGCAAUCUGAGUUUGCUUAUGAGAGGAGCCUUGGAAGAAAAGCUCGAAUGGAUUUUCAAUCUUUACGAUGGCCACUCAAGAGGAUACUUACUGGAAGAUGAUUUCGUUCAUGUUUACAAGUGAGGAUUUUCUGAUAAAAGGAAAUAACUAGUGCAUUUCACAGAAAGGAAGGAUUGAAACAGUAAAAUGAGUUUAAAAAAAGCAAAUUCAAUUUUUCAAUCAGUGAAAUAUUCCAUGUUGAAUUUAAGCAGUAUUUGGAAAAUUUUGAAGAGAGUCGAGCUUUUUUUAACCUCUGAAUCAGGUCUUCAAAAAAGGAUAUCUCUCCACUUUUUAUUUUUUUCGCACUUUUUUCGUGAGAGCUCCAAGUUUUUUUUUACUCUGAAGGACUAGUAACGGAAAUUGACUUUAUUUCUCACACGCCUUUUUUUUUAAUGAAUUUUCUCCCUAUUAAUCUUCAUGGUUUCAAAAAAUAGCUUUUUUCAAAUCUCAACCUUACAGAGCGGUGUUGUCCUUAACUGGGCCGAUCACCAUGAAAGAUCGAAAUUUGACAAUCAUCGUUAGAAAGAGGAUAAAGAAAAGCUUCCUGGUGGGGUGGAGAAUCUUGAGUUUUGGAGAGAAUAAAGUUUUCAGAAGUUUGACGCCAACAAAGACGGUCGAAUAACCCGGAAUGAGUUCAUCAACUGCUGUCUGAACGAUCGUGGCGUACUUCACGCCCUCGAAACUUUCAAAGUCUCCUGGUGA